AUGCCGAGAUUGCACAGCACUUGUUCGGGCGUCCUGCUGCUGGCCUUGCUGCUUCAGGCCUCCAUGGAAGUGCGUGGUUGGUGCCUGGAGAGCAGCCAGUGUCAGGACCUCACCACGGAAAGUAACCUGCUGGCGUGCAUCCGGGCCUGCAAGCCAGAACUCUCGGCCGAGACGCCCGUCUUCCCCGGCAACGGCGACGAGCAGCCGCUGACCGAGAACCCCCGGAAGUACGUCAUGAGCCACUUCCGCUGGGAUCGGUUUGGCCGCCGGAACAGCAGCAGCGGCGGCGGCGGCGCGGCCCAGAAGCGCGAGGAGGAGGGGGGGCCGGGGGGCGAAGGCCCGGGGCCCCGCGGCGAUGGCGCCGAGCCGGGCCCGCGCGAGGACAAGCGCUCCUACUCCAUGGAGCACUUCCGCUGGGGCAAGCCGGUGGGCAAGAAGCGGCGCCCCGUGAAGGUGUACCCCAACGGCGCCGAGGACGAGUCGGCCGAGGCCUUCCCCCUUGAGUUCAAAAGGGAGCUGGCCGGGGAGCGGCCCGAGCCGGCGCGCGGCCCCGAGGCCCCGGCCGAGGGCGCGGCCGCCCGGGCCGAGCUGGAGUAUGGCCUGGUGGCGGAGGCCGAGGCGGCCGAGAAGAAGGACGAGGGCCCGUAUAAGAUGGAGCACUUCCGCUGGGGCAGCCCGCCCAAGGACAAGCGCUACGGCGGCUUCAUGACCUCCGAGAAGAGCCAGAAGCCCCUGGUCACGCUGUUCAAAAACGCCAUCAUCAAGAACGCCCACAAGAAGGGCCAGUGA